AUGGCUGCUGAGUUGGAUUUCUCCCCACCUGAAAUCCCUGAGCCCACAUUCAUGGAGAAUGUGCUACGCUACGGACUCUUCUUUGGAGCCAUUUUCCAGCUUAUCUGUGUGCUAGCCAUAAUCCUGCCAGUGUCCAAGUCCCACAAGACAGACUCUGACUGUUUUGAGCCCAAGAAUUCAGAGACAGUGAAGAAGCCAAAGGCGACUGCUCCGCAGAUAAGCAAGAAACCUAAGAAGGAAACCAAAAAGAAACGAUAA